AUGACUGAUGAGCUAAGGCCUGUACCUUCGGCCCACUCUAUCGCGGAUGGCUUCUCCCCGAUCCGCGAGGUCGCGUUUAUCAUCAUUGUUUGUAUGUCGCAGUUCAUCACGCAGGCAAACAUAGGAGUAUGUGUGGCGACACUCGAUAUCGUUGGGGACAGCUUCCAAAUCACUGAACCCGGUGUGCUGUCCUGGUUUAUUGCUGGCUAUUCGUUGACCGUCGGGACUUUCAUCUUGGUGUUUGGCCGCUUCGGCGAUGUCUUCGGCUACCACCGAAUGUUCCUGGUUGGCUACAUCUGGCUUGCAGUCUGGUCCCUAGUAGCAGGCCUCAGUGUGUAUUCCAACCAUGUGCUAUUCAUCUUUGCCCGAGUACUGCAGGGCCUGGGCCCAGCAAUGCUGCUCCCCAACGGCCUGGCGGUGCUGGGAGCAACCUACGCACCCGGAAAGAAGAAGAACAUGAUCUUUGCCAUCUUCGGCGCCACUGCCCCUAACGGUGCAAUUCUGGGGGCAGUGUUCUCUUCGCUCUUCUCCCAGCUAGCAUGGUGGCCUUGGACCUACUGGACCAUGGCGAUUGUCUCCGUGGUGUGUGCGGUUCUGGGCAGCAUAGUCAUCGCGCCGGUCCAGCAUACGGAUUUCAAGCAGUACACCUUCCUCCAACUCCUCAAGACCCUAGACGUGUUCGCGUCAUCGCUGGGAAUCGCAGGACUUGUCUUGAUCAAUGUUGCCUGGAACCAAGCGCCCAUUGUUGGCUGGAGCACGCCAUACGUGUACGUGCUUCUCAUCGUUGGGGUUCUGCUUCUCGUCGCCUUCUUCAUCGCAGAGCUUCACUACUCGGAGAACCCUCUUGUCCCAAUGAGGGCAUUCACGGCAGACGUUCUAUACGUCCUGGGCUGCAUCGCCUGCGGCUGGGGUUCCUUCGGUAUAUGGGUGUACUACUUCUGGCGGUUCCAAGCGCAGUUCCGCGGCGUAUCGCCUCUGCUUGGAUCGGCAGAGUUCACGCCCCCCGGCGUGGUGGGGUGUCUGGCUUGUUUCACCACCGGGUAUCUUAUGAGCCGAGUCCGUCCCGGCUGGAUCAUGCUCGCGUCCAUGACCUGUUUUACCGUCGGGAAUAUUUUCCUCGCCAUUGCGCCCGUGCACCAAACCUACUGGGCGCUCACGUUUGUUUGCCUCUUGGUUAUCCCCUGGGGCAUGGAUAUGUCCUUUCCGGCGGCCACGUUGAUGCUCUCCAACGCGUCUAGCAGAGAGCACCAGGGCGUCGCUGCGUCGCUUGUUACGACGGUUGUGAAUUACAGCAUUUCGCUCAGUCUGGGAUUCGCUGGCACGGUUGAGGUGCACAUUAAUAAUGGGGGUCACACGCCUGGCGACGUGUUGAAGGGUUACCGUGGUUGUAUGUAUCUGGCCAUCGGACUGGGUAGUCUUGGUAUGGCGCUGAGUGCGUUGUAUACGUUCCGGAGUUACAGGGAAGAUAGAAAGAUGUCUACUGCUGACUCAAUGGACAGUGAGGCUGGGGUGUCGGAUAAGUCAUAG